GGAGGAGGGACUCCAUCAUUGACCAGUGAAGACGGAACAAGAGCGUCUUAAACCAUCAGAGUGUUGAACAUGAGAGUCCAUCAGACUUUGAUCUGCUUCUUCUUCCUCAAACUGACGGAUGGAUUCCCUUUUUAUAAAGAUAUCGGUGUCCGUGAAGGAACUGAAGGAGGAAACAUCGAAGUUGGAUGCAGCUUUAAAUUUUCUGGAAGAAGGAAGGUUUUCUGUAGAAAGGACUGUGAAGAUGAAGACAUUCUUUGCAACACCACAGAUGUCAGUGCUCAGUGUGGCAGAUACAGCAUUGAAUUAAGAAAAAAUGAACUAUUGUCUACAGUUUUUUAUGUGAGCAUCACAAAUUUGAGAAAGUCUGACUCUGGAUCGUACACAUGUUGGUUGGAUAGAUACUUGCCUCCAGAUUCAACUAAGACGUUUGAGCUCAGAGUUAAAGAUGGUCUUCCGUUGUAUUUGGGUCUGAGUCUUUUCAUCCUCAUCGUCAUAUUAUCAGCCAUCCUGCUGAUGUUCUGCAGGAAGAGGGCCAGAGAACCCAAAGGACCCCCUGUUCAAAAAGAGUAUGCUGAAAUCCAAGAGAACAACCGAGUGUACGAGGAGAUCAGAGAGGGGCACAGAUCUCCUGUUGUGGAAGUUUCAACAGUUUACAGCUGUGCUAAAUUUGCCAAACCGAACGGGGUUGAAACCACGGAUGACUACAGCCUCCUAACUGCAGCAGGUUCUCACAACAAAACCGUCGAUGACUCGAGUAAACUCAACUACUCUGAGGUGGAUUUCUCCAACAGCCAAGCUGCCUCUCGUAACAGCGCCCCCUCUGGUGGAGCAAAAGAUGAUGUCAUCUACUCUGUGCCCCGGGCAGAAGCUAGCUCAGAGAACACUUUGGCUCCUCUGUACUCUACCGUUACUUUAAAUUAGCUUUAGCUUCAAUGCUAUCAGCGCAGCAUUUAUUCUCAGGUUACAGUUCAACAAUUAUCUGUUUUUCUUUUGGCAAGCUGUGAUAGGUUAAGAUUUUCUUAUUAAUUUGAAUGAACUACAAUAAAGAAAAGAA